CAUAGAAUUUUGCAAAUAACUAAUAAUAAACAUUCCCUUCACAGGUGAAAUCCUAGACAGAAACCUGAACGAAGUGCACGAGAACUUACUUAUCCUUCUUUUAUCUGCCCAACCAAGAAAUAGCCAUCCUACUUUCUAUACUGAGACCAGAUGGAGCCCAUGUCAGUAUCUCCAAAUGGGAGCACGGAGACAGUGGAGGAUGGUCAUACAGCCUCCCUAGAGGGGGCGCUGAUACACAAGGGCCUGAGGCGCAAGAGAGAGUUCAUUCCAGAGGAGAAGAAGGACGUCACAUACUGGGAGAAGCGUCGCAAGAACAACGAGGCGGCCAAGCGCUCGAGGGAGAAGAGGAGGGUAAACGAUUAUGUGCUGGAGAGCCGCCUGGCGGCCAUGAACAAAGAGAACGCCCGGUUGAACACAGAACUGCUGGCCCUCAAACUCCACUUUGGCCUGGUGAGCCCUGCGUGCUAUGCUGCCCACCAGAGCAGCCUGCUACGGCUCCACCAUGCCCAUACCCACAGCCCUCAUUCUCCGCCACCCAGCAGCCCAACCCAGUCCCUGGACAAGGACGUCUACUGGGGUAGGAGGCCCAGCUACAGAGAGCCCUCUACUUUGCCAAAUUACCACCACCUACCCCCUGUCCUGACUGGACAACUGGCUCCUGCCAUGAUCAAUCCACAUGCUCUACCAACUAGAAGGGCCUAUCCAUACUUCUUAGAAAUUCCUGGUGUUGUACACCCUGCAAACUCAUCCUCCCUUCUCCUGCCCCCGCUUCUCCCCUCUCCCCUAUUGUCCUGGACGGUGGUUCCCCUGCUGAGGCCCACCCCUAGGAGAGGGGGUUCAGAUGAGGAGGGAGAACAGCAGGUCCCAGCAGCCUCCUCCAGUGCUGCAUUACCGCACAAGCUGAGGCUAAAGACCAUCAGAGCUCCUACUGUCCACAGGGAUGUCAGAGACAGGGCCUCCCCCCCGCUCCCGCUCUAUGUAUCUGACUGACUGACCACAUAGCACAUGGCACAGCAGCACAGAGCAGACCAACCACAGCACUGAGAACAUGAAGGAUCCAUGCUCUUAGCGCUGUAACAUUGACACCAAAUUUACAGAACUGCAUUAUGUCCAACUUAAAACAGACAUUUGUCUUUUGAUUCAUUUUCUGAAAGUUGUUGCUUCUCAGGUUUCACCAUGCUUCCUUACUGUCCAAGUUAACUGGAUUAAAUACAAUGUAAUAUACUUUACUGGCAAUCAUGCUGAACUAGCUGGACUUUGGGAUGAAGUUAUGUUUUAUAGUACUGAGGGACUCUGGGGUGGUGGAUGAAAUUUAUCGUAGAACAUACAAGGUGCAAUUUCAAAACUUUGUUGCAGCAGUUUUCCUCUUGGUAUAUGUCACUCACUGACAGUCACUCAAUUAACCCAUGUCAGUUAAAUAUUUUUAGAUUGGUCAAUUAGUCUAGUUAGUCUAGCCAGCUAUCUAAACUUGUAGUAAUCAUGGCCAAAUUACCAAUCGAAAACGCAGGUCACGUGCCCAGCUGCCCUGACCUCCACAGAGCCGCCAUUGAUUUUGUUUGUCACUCUCACUCAGAUAUCAUAUUAACCUGGAAAAAGUCAUGGCAAAAUGUGCAGAAUUGCACAAAAUGUCUCCCCACCCAAGGGCAAAAUAUGUAGAAUUGCAGGAAAUUGGCUGUAAAACUGAAGAGAAAAUGUUUUCUGUAAAGCAAACUUAAUUGUUUACCUUUGUUAAUAAAAAUACUUUUC